GUUACAGUUAUUCUUCUGUUUUGCGUAAGGAUGGGUGAACCAGAGGAUGUUGAUGCGAUGCUUGAGGAGGCGCUUGACAAAAUUGAAGAUUCCGAUCGAAAUUACGGUCAUGGACACGCAGAACCAAUGGCAGCAUUGAUACGGGGUGAAGUACUGAAGAAAGAGGAACUAUCCGGCGAAGGUGGUGAGGAAACACCUAAUGCAGCCAACGGUACGGAAAAAAUGGAUGCAGAGGAUGGAACGACUUUGUCGCAGAGCAAGAAGAAGAAAGACAGCAGUGAACAUAAGAAGCGAUCUCGUUCCAGGUCUAGCAGCCUUUGUAGACAACACCUCACAGGGUGAAAGGAAUUCAGAACUGUUGCAGGAAUUCAUUUCCAGAUCUUUUAUAAGUGAUGAUGGUAUGGGUGCGUGCUUUCAUUUACCAAUGUCUUUUUUAUAUAUUUUUCGUCUCUAUACAAAUUAGGUGACCGCCUUCCUCGAGUACUUAUAGAAGCCGUGGCGGUUCUGGAAAGCUACUUUUCUAAUUCUUUGGUACUUUUUUCUUUAAAUAGUGUUUGUGCAAACACCUCUUUUAUGGGACAAAUUUAUAAGCUUUUUCCACCAAAUUAAACGAGCCCUACUACCCUACCGUUAGUGACGAGUUGUUUUUUCCAGUGGUUGCCUUAGAUUUCCCAAACUGGGAUUUGCUGAAAUGGAGCUGUUUCGUUCCUUUCACUGCAUAAAUUCUUGUGGCAUUAUGGCCUGUCUAAUGUUAGCUAGUUUCCGGUAGUAAAUCAGUUUUUCACAGGAAAUAAAGGAUUUGGAAUUCCUAGAAGUACGGCAAUGCAUAUCCGUAUCUAACGUUAUUUGACGGACUUGCCGUGCCUGCGACUAAAUCUGGAAGCCACAAAUGAGUGCAGAAAUAAUAAGCAAUUAAAACCGUAAUUUAAGUCGAAUCGUCGUUGUAGAGUCAUAAAAUCGAUUGAUACAGCUCUGUGUCACCUUAUACCUUCUGCAUUAUAAUGAUGAACAAAGCUCGAUCGAUGUUUCGGGAAACUGUUUGCUUCUUGUUGGAAACUGAAUGAGGAUGAAUUGAAAAUUUGGACGAUGAGAUCUUCCUCUCGUAGCCGUUCCCGCAGCCGUGACAAAGAUAAGGAGAAAAAGAAGCGACGCAGAAGUUCAAGCCGCGAUCAUAAGAAGAAAUCUCGUUCACGUUCAAGGUCGCGCAGACACAGCUCGCGUAAACGCAGCCAUUCUCGUCGUCGAUCACGUUCGAGAGAUCGUCAUCGCCGUUCGAGAUCACGUCGACAUUCGAGAUCGAGAUCACGUGAUCGCAGGCGACGGUCGCGGUCCAGGGAGCGCAGACGAAGAAGCCCAUCAUGGUCACGACCUCGUGUGCUUGAUCAUCGUGAUCGCCGUGGAUUCUCCCCACCAUGGAGGCGUUCACCACCUCGUGGACCACGUCUUCCAGGGCCUGAAAGACGCGACGUGAUGCCAUUUACUGCACGUCGUUCGCCACCUCCAAAUGCAAAAAUGGAUAUGACGUCUGAAGAACGUGACCAGCGUACUGUGUUUAUACUGCAGAUAGCGAAGGAAACUCGACCACGUGAUCUGGAAGAAUUUUUCUCCAGCGUUGGACAUGUACGCGAUGUACGAAUCAUUACAGAUUCAAAAACUCGACGAUCAAAAGGAAUUUGUUAUGUGGAAUUUUGGGAAAUUGAAAGUGUUAAUUUGGCUCUUGCCCUAAAUGGGCAGAAAUUGCUCGGCGCGCCUUUAGUAAUCCAGCCAACGUUGGCUGAGAGGAACCGUGCAGCGAACAACACCGUUGGUGGAACACUUGGCUUUGGUCCUACAAACACCACGGGUCCACUGAAACUUUAUGUUGGCCAGUUGCAUACAAGUAUAACGGAGGAUAUGUUAGGAAGGAUUUUCGAUCCAUUCGGAAAGAUCGAGAACCUGGAAAUUGCAACCGAUCUCAGUGGUGUUUCCAAAGGAUAUGCAUAUGUCACGUUCCGACAUGCAGAUGAUGGUAAAAGAGCCAUGGAACAAAUGAAUGGUUUUGAAUUAGCAGGUCGCCCAAUGAAGGUUUGCUCUGUUGAAGGAGAUGAACUACCACCACCAGUUCCUCAGCGGACACUUGAUACUGAUGAUGCGGACAGACGUGGUAUUGAUUUAGGGACGAGCGGUCGUUUGCAUCUGAUGGCUAAAUUAGCCGAAGGAAGCGGCUUAGAAUUACCGAAAAGUGCGAAGGAAAUAUUAGCACAAAAUCAGCAGCAGUUGGAGAGUGCCACUGCUACAGGUCCUGCUAUUCCGCCUAUUGCAACGCAGUGCUUUAUGCUUUCUAACAUGUUUGAUCCAUCUCAAGAAACGGGUGAAACUUGGGCUGAUGAAGUACGAGAUGACGUUAUAGAAGAGUGCGCAAAGAACGGAGGAGUACUGCACAUAUUCGUCGACAAAGCUUCCCCAAAUGGCAAUGUUUAUGUGAAAUGUCCUUCUGUAGCUGCCGCUUUCAAAUCAGUGAAUGCGCUACAUGGGCGAUGGUUUUCAGGCAAAGUAAUCACAGCCAAUUAUGUUCCGGUCGCAAGCUAUUCACAGUUGUUCCCAGAUUCAGUUGUUGCACGAGAACCUAUUCUAUCAGCCGUAAAACCGCCAAUUAUAGCAGCUACCAUCCCAGGUGUCGGUUACUGAAGGACAUUCUUUUGCCGUUGUUCAGGAAGGUUUCCUUUUUCUAUUUGAUGUGAAUAUUGCGUUGUUCAUUUUUCCAAUUUGUUCAUCUUGUUAUACGUUGGUAUUUUGAUAUGUCCUUAAAACCUGAAAGCACCUUUCUUUGUCAAACUUGCAGUUACUGUAGAAUUAAGCCACUGGAGUAUCAUUUUUCAGGAGACUCGGCAAAUUCCAUCCCAUGGGCUAAUGCUUCUGAAUAUAUGCUCUUCAGGUUUUAGGGUUUUCCUUUUGCUUUUGUUCUACUAUGAUAUGAGAUUACUUUCUCCAGCAUCUUACCGCUCCAUGCAAAAUAUCACCAGAAGUUCAAAUUAUAAUACUAUUUCACUUUAGUGGAGAUCGGAAAAAUAUACCUUGAAAUAACUGAACAUGUCUAUAUCGUCAUGUUGUGUUGCCAGAAGGUUAUUGUUAAAGUCUGGAUAUUGAAAUAUUCAUCGCGAAGUGAAGAAUAUUUGUAUGGUCAGCUGUCCAACUCUGAACUAUCCAGAAUUGAAUAAGCUAUCCUGAUUCAUUGUCCAUUUACGUUUCAAACGAAAUAAUUUCGUUUUAGUUGUGCAUCAAAAAGAAUAUUUCCAUUGCAAUGUGUAUGGUUUCCUGUGAACAACUACAUAUUUGAUACUAAUUUUCAUUUCUUUUGUUAUCCUGUUCCAUCGGAUACUUUUCCGUUUCAAAUUUGUGUUACUCGUUGUGAUGAAAAUAAGUGAAACGUUGUGUUCAACUGAAGUUAUCAAAGACAUUUUGUGACUAAAGUGAUUCUAAAGUCAGUAUGUAUUUUCGGGACAAUAUCUAGUAUUAACUUAAGAGCUGAAAUCAAUCGUGGAACUUCAGCAGUUUGCAGAUCUAUGGAUUGUAUUGUGAACUGGGAGUAGAUAGAUCUGGUUGGUUUUUCUGUUGUGAACCAUAAAGUUGAUCUUUUAUUAGCCACGCUGUCAAAAUUGUCCUUUCAUUUCGCACAGUAGUUAAGUGCGAAGUUUACUGGGCACGUUAUUUGUCAUUAUUUUGGAAAAGAUUGCUAAUAAUGGUCAUUAUAUCUUUUGUUUCAUUCAUUACCUGAAUAAGAAUUGUCUAACCAUAGUCGACCAA